CCUCCUCCCGCUCCGUUCCUUCUCCGCCGCUCCUCCCCUCUCUCUCCCCACGCCCGCUGCGCAUGGCACCCCUCGCUGCGUACUUCGCCUGCUCGUUCCUCGUAGACUACGCGGGCGUUGUCGCGUCUGGCUUCGCCAGCGCUUGGGAGGAGGACUGGUACGCAGGAUAUCCCGGCAUCAAGGACGCGCUGGGCCAGGGCAGUUUCGGCUCCUACGGCGGCUACGGCGGCUACGGCGGCCUCGGCGGCUACGGCGGCUUCGGCGGGGACCCCCUCGGCCGCAGCUACGGCGACCCGCUGGCGCGGAAGGACAAGCCCUCCGCCCCGGAGGACGACUGCGCGCGCCUGGAGGCGUCCGGCGUCGGGCUUGCCGCGCCGCUGCGGGAGGCGGCAGAGCUGCUGGCCUCCCGGCGGGCGAGCGAGAGCGGGCCGCAGCUGCUGGCAUUCUUCGCCGGGACCGAGAACCGCCGCUUCCUGCUGGCCCACUGCCCCCAGGCGGUGGCCCUGGCCGCGCUCCUCCAGGCGGAGGCGACGGGGCCGGCAGGCGAGGCCGCGGCGGCGGCCUUGGCGGAGCUGCUGGCAGCCGCGCCGCCGCUGCGCAGCCCCAGCCAGCCGCCCCCGGUCUGGGGUCCGCCCUGGGAGCCGCUGCUGCACGCGGCUCAGCAGCGCACUGGCCUUGUCAUCUUCCCGCUGGCCGAGCAGCAGUUCCACGUCGAGCACGUCUCGCCCGCGGAGUGGUCCAUACACCCGCGCCGGCGCUGCCAGGGCCGUCGGGACCUGGGCAAUUUCCAGGCAUUGCCUCUCCAGCGGUGCUUGGCGAAGUGCCAGGCGCACCCGCUCUGCAGGUCCGCCACGUUCUGGCAGCUGCAGCCUGGAGGCCUGGGCUUCGAGCGCCGGUGCUUCCUGUCGUCCACGUGCACGGCGGACCACGCCACCGCGGACGGCGCGGAGGGCGCCGUGCUCUUCGAGAGGCCGGCCGGGCUGCAGGAGGCGUGGUCGGCCGCGGCGCGCCGCGCCAUCGUCGCGCCGCUGGGCGCGCCCUGGGCUCCGCGUUGCGGCCACCGCAUGGUCGCCGCGGCCGCGCCCGGAGCCGUCGGAGGCCAGCGGCUGUGGCUGCUCGGCGGCGUGGGGGUGGACCCGUUCGCGGAGGCGCCCGCCGCUGCAGCUGCAGGCGCCGGCGGCGCAGCCGUCGACCUCAGUGGAGAGGUGGGCUCCAUUGGCAAGUCGAAGUCGGGCAAGUCGGGGAAGUCGAAGAAGAAGGGCAAGACGUCGGCGAAGCCGCCAUCGAGAAGCCCCAGGCGGCUACCCAACGGGAGCAAGUCCAACGUGAUCGAGGCGUACCUGUCGCGGCACGUCGAGUUGAGCGGUGAGGUGUUGCCUCUGCGUUCCCUCCCGUACGGGCGCCUGGCCGACGUUUGGCGCAGCGACGACCUCGGGGCGACCUGGGCGCAGUCCACCAGCAUGCCCGGAGGGCGCCGCGCCUUCUUCGGCGCGGUGGCCCUGGACGGCGGCCGGUCGUUGCUGCUCCUCGGCGGGGUCGUGGAGGUGCCAGCCGGGGACAUCAGGCGCAGCUAUUCCAGCGACCUGUGGCUGGGAGAGCUGGGCGACGGCGCUGGCGACCCCGUGUGGCGGCAGCUGGACGCGGCCCCCUGGGAGCCGCGCGCGGGCUUCCAGGCGCUUGUGAGGAUCAGCGGCGGCUCGGAGGAGGUGCUCGUCCUGGGCGGCCGCCUGGCCGGCGGAGCCCUGGCCAACGACGUGUGGGCGGCCAGCGCGGCCGAGCUGCUGCGGCCGCCGGCGGGGACGCCAGACCCGCGGUGGCGCCGCCUCUCCGCGUCGGCCGCGUGGCCCCCGCGGGCCGACUUCGCGGCGGCGCCGCUCGGGGAGGCGGGCCUGCUGGUGGCGGGUGUGAGCUGGGAGCCCGUGGCCCGGGCCGCGCCCUGGGGCGCGCGCGUGGGCGCCGCUGCCGUGGCGCUCCCGGGGGGCGCCGCGGCGCUCUUCGGCGGCUACGCCUACCCAGACGGGGGCUUCGCGCCCCUCGCGCUCGAGGCCGGGGAGGCCCCGCCGGAGUGGUCCGCCGCGCUGUGGGUGUCCAGCGACGGGGCUCAGUGGCAGGCCGUGAGCGCCACGGAGCUGCCGUGGAUGCCGCAUGCGAUGCACGCCGCCGCAGUCUUUGCGCCGUGCAGCGAAGGCAAUGGUACCGAGGGCUCCUCUGAAGGCGCGUGCAUCUACGUGUCCGGGGGCCUCACGUCCGAGGGGUACUACGACAACGGCGUCUACCGCCUCCCGGUCCGCGCGGGCCUCGCCGCGCCGGCCUGCGAGGCCGCGGGCGCGGCGGCGUGCGCGGCCGCCGCCCCGCCCCCCGCCGACGACGGCGGCCCCGCCCCCGCGCGGCCGGCCGCCGCGCCCGCCGAGGGGCCCCGCGGGUGGCCCCUCGCGGCCGCCGCGGCGGCGCUGGCCGCGUGCCUCGCGGCCCUCUGCCGGAGGGCACGGAGCGAGCGGGCCCGGCUCGAGCAUGCUCCGUAG